AUGCCAGAUAUUACAUGCCAAACAGUCAAGGCUAAAGAUGCAAUGUUGCCAAAAAUUGCCUGCUUCUUUGAGAAUAAUACAAUAAAUGAAAAUUUCAAAAGUUCAUAUUUUCAUGGGACUCGAUUCUUUCAGAUCCAAUCGCUGACACCCACCCGCCAUGUAGGGCGUUGCCCACCCCCUCCCGACCAGAUUCCAGAGGAUGCGUGCUCGCAGUGCGGAUGCCGCUCUGAUAGGGUGUGUUCCAUCGAUCAGAAAUGCUGCUUCAAUGGUUGCCAGUAUACCUGCAUGAAUCCCGUCAAACCACCGCCAGCGUUUGACUGGUUAAAUGAACCGAUUCGGCAAAGAACUUCUGGUAAUGCAUGGUUAAUAACUGGUCCUGAAAAGACUCACACAGAGGAAUCAUGCAGCACGUCAACGUUUGACGAGGGGGAUGGUAUCUUAUUGGAAUGUCCAACGGGCUAUCGGUGUUACAUCACAUACGCAGGUGAUGAAGACAACAAUAUACCAAACAAAGGCAUCUGUAUUCAAAUUAAAUGAUGACGUCACCAAUGAUUGAAUUAAACAACGCAGGGGCCGGAUUUAGUUGACCCCUCCCCCACCAGUAUGCCAAUGCGGUGUGUUCUCCAUUGAAGGGGCGGGACAGAUUACCACCCUGGCCGAACUCUUUUUGACUUUUUUUUUCUUGUCAGAGGAUUUGUGACAGGAAAGCGCUUCUCGAAUUGAUGGCCCUUUUCUUCUUUUGCUUUCCAGGAAAUUUGGGACGGAAAGAUUCUUCUAAAAAUAGUGAUGACCACCCCCCUGCUAGUUAUAUUUAUUUUGCCCCUCGUUGUGAGGUUUGCCAGGUACACCACUGGGCAAUAUUUUUCUUUUCUCUGAUGUAAAUUUCAUUUUCUCAUUUCCCAGCGAAUAGAUCCAAAUUGAGUCAGGUAGUUUGACAUCGCCUCAGUCAAUGUUUCUGGGCUGGUUGCACAAAACUCUGCGAUGAAACGUAACUGCAAAUGUCAAACGAAACUUUAUUUCAACCAAUGAAAUGCGCGCAUUGGAGACCUCUAUUUCUUAAUUAAUUUCUUGAUUUGCGUUCAAACACAACUGUCUCUGCACCGAGCUCCUGGUCAUUUUGGGUAGACUGCAAUUCUUUUCCCGAAAAUGCAUUAUCUUUCUCUCUCAUACGGGGCUUUUUAUUUGGGGUGGAGGAUGUAUGAUAGCUCAUCCAUUGACAUAAGGGUGACCACCCCCCCCCCCUCCCACCCACCAUUAUUUCUCAAAAA